AUGGACCCAAUUUUUAGCCAAAUCAAUUCUUCAAACAAGGCACUUCAACUCCUGCUUUCACUUUCUGCAUUAGCCAUCAUAGCUUCCCAAUACUCUUCUCUUCUUUCUUAUUUAUCUUCCAUCAAAAUUCUGAGCUUCUCCGCUACUGACAGACACUACAUAUUUCUUAUCUGCAAUGGAAUUAUGCUUCUCGUCAUCAAAACCUCCGGCUUUCUCGCCUCUCCUGGCACUCCUGUCACUGAAUUUUAUCGUGACAGUCAUGUUGUCAGACACCAUGUCCACUCGCAUCAUCAAUCCGAUUUAAUCCGCGAAAAUGCACAUUUUAAUAACAAUGUGGCUUAUAAUCAAUUUUUGGAAUCAAAUAAUACGAAGAAUAUUAGGCCACAAAUUGAUGAUCUGCCAGAAGCUAAUGCGGAGAUGAAUACUGAAGUUGAGGAAACAACAAAAAUGACAGAAUUGGAUCAGGGUGCUGAAUGUCUGACAUCUACAUCAGAAGAGGUCAUCGAUGAUCUUGAUAUUGUUGACGAACAACAAGAACACGAAGAACAAGAAGAAGAGGAAGAGGAAGAACAAAUUAUGCUAUGGAGUACAGAGGAACUUAACAAGAAAUGUGAUGAUUUCAUAAGAAAGAUGAGAUACGGAAUCAAAUACGAGGCCCCCCUUGUCAUGGUUUAG